UUCUAAAAAUAUCUCUUGAUAUAAAUGAAAUUAUAAAACAAAUGAUUGAUAUAAAAAAAAGCUGUCUUUUAUUAAAAAAAGAUUACUAUAUUGUUUAUAUUUUGUAAAGGUUUUCGACUGUGGGAGUUCUUGAUUCUUAAAAGAACAAAUGACUAGUUUUCGUAAAGAAUUAAAAUUUUUGUUUGUGAUUUGAAGAUUUUUAAAAUCUCUAAUUCUGAAAAAAGGAAACAAAAAACUUGUCUAAAACAGUGGACAAUUUUCAAUGAUUGUCCAAAUGUCUAUGUAAUAUGACGGAAAAUAAAAUUUAUUCAAUGUCAGCUGAUUUUUUUGAUAACUCAUCGAAUAGUAGUAAUCUACUAAAAUUAGAUAUUUUUCCAUCAGAUUUUUUAAUUGGUUCAGGUAGCAAUAGUAAUAGUAGUUUAGGCUUAUCAACAAUAGCAGGUUUUGUAGCAAAAAACUUACCACAUUCAUCAACAGCAACAUCACCGGCAAUUUCUAUAAUAACGACAACAACAACAGCAAAUACACAAACAGCUGGAAUAGGAUCAAUAUCGACAUUAAGUCCAAAUAUAAAUCAAUGCACAAAUAUAUCAACAACAUCAUCAUCAUCUUCAACCGCAUCUAAUACAUCAUCAUCAAUGGAUAAUUUACGUGAUAAUCCAAUGUUAAAUUCAACUGCAUCAAUAUCAAUACCACAAAGAUCAAAUAAUAGUAUCGGUGGUAGUAAUAAUAGUAAUAAUCUAUUAUAUAAUCAUAAUCAAUCACGUAUAAUGGCUGAUUUCUCAGAAUAUGGUUUAGAUGUGCUGGACACAUCAUCAUUGUCACCAACUUAUGUGCAAGAAAGUAAUUUAAGUUUAACACCGCAUAGUAAUAAUUCGUCUUCUAUACAUGCUAACUAUAAUGGCUUAAUAUUUAUUAAUAAUAUAUCAUCAUCACCAUUAAAUAUUACGCAAAAUAAUAGCAAUAAUGGUGGUAAUAAUUUUAUAAAUAAUAAUAAUAACAAUAAUAAUAAUAACAAUAAUAAUAGUAACAAUAAUAAUAAUAAUUCUGGUCAAAUGUCAAAUUCAGCAAUAGGUAUAGGAAAUAGUAAUAAUUCAUCUUCAACAAUAACUGGUGGCAAUGAUUUAAUAAUUUAUGAAAUUCCUACUGCUGGCAUUACAUCAAAUUCAAAUACAAUGUGGAGUGAUAUUGGUAACGCUAUGAUUUCAACAAAAGCUGAACCAUUUCCAAUGGAAGAUGAUUAUAUUUUUCAAUUAGAUAAAGCCGAUUUAGUACACAGCCCAACUCUUGCUGAAUUGAAUGCUGAAACUUUUUUAGAAGAUUUAAAUAUUGAUGAUUUAAUACAAACUGAAAAUGAUACAUAUUUAGUAUCACAUGGUCAAUUUCACCAAUUACAAACUGUUAAUUCACCUGGUGUAACUUCUCACCAAUUACUACAACAACAUGGUAAUAAUAGUGGGGGAAAUAAUAGCAAUGGUACACAACAUGGAAAUCAAACACAUAGUGCGUCUGUUGGUAUACCAAUGCAAACUAACCAAAACAGUUAUCAUUCAAGUUCUGGAAAAUUAUUCGAUGAUUUAAACACUGGCAGUUCCUCUAGUCCAUACGAUAUUCAACAUAGUACACCAAUUAAAGGAUUUCAACAAUCUAACGCUGCUUUUUCACCUGGUAGUCAGGCUAGUUCAUCACCUUCAUUGAUGCAAUCCAUAACUCCUCCAUUAUCUCAAAAUCAAUUUAUGCAAAAACAACAACAGCAGCAACAACAACAACAACAACAACAACAGAAUAUGUUGCAACAAAAACACAGUAGUAGCAGUAAAGUUACACCAAUACACGAAUUAAUUUUAAAACAAAAUUUCUCACAAUCGCCAGAUCGCAGUAGUAUGUUAGGUCAAUCAGUUCCUGGUCCGUCUACUUCACACAUGUUAAUAUCUGGUGGUGCAUUAAGUCCUGUUAGUUCCGGUUUUGGCAGCAUAAGUGGUCAAGGUAGUUCUCGUAAAUUAAUAGCAUUAUCAUCAAAUGGCGGUAAUAGUAGUAGUAUAUCUGCAUCAAGAUUAUCAUCAUCAGCCCCCACACAUUUACAAUUGGAUGAAAUUAUGCAACAACGUCGUAGUGAUUUUUCAUUUGAUCAUCCGAUAUGGAGACGUCGGGAGCCCAGACAGCAUUUACUUUCAACUGGUUCCUCAAUAGCUGAAGCUGAAUCAAUAUCAUCCAUUAGUACAGCUAGUAUAUUAAGCCCAGAACAUGAUGAAGGUUAUUCAGAUUACGAUAGUGAUCAUUCUGAUGAUUACUCAAGUGAUAAUGGAUCUGAUAACGACGACGAUACACCACGUGGACCUAAUUCAAGUUCUAAAAAUAAGGAACGGUAUUUCUGGCAGUAUAAUGUUCAAGCUAAAGGGCCAAAGGGACAACGACUUGUCAUCAAAACUCAAUUAGAAGAUCCUCAUGUAUUAAAUGAAGUUACUGACCCUGUUUUUAGCCCAAAUUGUUCAGUGCGUGGAAUCAAGGUAUUUAAACAUAGCGGUAAGGCAAGAAAAGGAGAUGGUAAUGAUUUAACACCAAAUCCCAGAAAACUUUUUUCAAUUGGAAAAGAAUUGGAAAAAUUAGGACGUCAAAUAAAUGAUAUGCCGCCAGUGAGCGAACUGCCAACAAAUACAAGGCAAAAAACAAGAAAAGAAAAAAAUAAAUUAGCCUCAAGAGCUUGCCGGUUGAAAAAGAAGGCACAACACGAAGCCAAUAAAAUAAAACUAUAUGGACUAGAAAUUGAGCAUAAAAAACUUUUGAAUGGAAUUAAUGAUGUCAAAAACUGUUUAGCUUUAAAAUAUCACAACCAAAACCCAAAUCAAAUAAAUCAAGCUGAAAAUAAUGAAGAAUUGAAUAGUCAAAUCGAGAAAAUAGCUGCAAAAUCAACAACCGUUCAAAUAGCUGGAAAUUCAACAGAAUUUGUAAAUACUAUCCUCGAUAAAGUUAAAACUGGAAUACCAAGUGGUGGUCUUGAAGAUUUAAAGGGAAUGUGAAAUGUGUUUAGUAAUUAAUUGACAAUAUAACACGUCAUCUAAUAAUAUUAAAUCUCAAUAAAACAAAAAAAUUGUUUUCUAUUAUGAAGUAAAGGUUUAAAAAAAAAAAAUCAAAAAAAUGCAACCGCAAAGUGAUUUGGAAAAGGAAGUUAUGUUGUCCGCUCUUUUUUUAUAUUAAAAAAAAAAUAAU